AUGGACGUAGAAACCCUUUCUCAGUCGCAAAGAGAGGCUGUGAGCCAGCUGCAGGCGUUAAUGAACGGCGCCGACGCCGACGUCGCAGUCGAUGUGCUAGAGAGUGUAGACUGGGAUGUUCAGAGAGCGGCAAACAUGAUAUUAGACACCGGAGUACCAGAGGCUGCCUCUGCUACGACGACAAAUACCCGUAUGGAAAGCUUCGAGAUUGACGAUUCAGAGCAACAGGGUCUCCUCCGACCCAACAACAGUGGCCGUCAGUUCAGACCUGUGAACGAAUGUGUAAAGAAUGCUCAACAGUCAAACGCGGUCACUGUUCGCCCUCUACGUGCUAUUAUCGCUUUCUUCGCUCUGCCGUUUCGCCUCAUCACUUCCGUUCUCCGUUUCGUCUUCCGCCUCCUGCGGAUCCCAAUCCCGCAGUUUGUACCUUUCACCUGGUCCAACCUCACGUAUCGUCCUCUCGGCUCGAGUUCCGGCCAUGAAGCGAGAGCCAUGGACCCCAAGAGCGUUGCCGAGCGCUGGGUCCGUGCCCUAGAGGAGGAAACGGGUGCUGUCUGCAUUAGCCGCAGUGGACGCCGCGGAGAUAGCGUGUCCUCCUCGAAUGGGCAUGGUAUCUCGUCUGGCGCCGAUGUCGCAGGCCCCUCGGUUCUCACGUCUCGCUCGGGCGCGCACGACGCAAGCGCAGACGCCGACUCGGGUUCCAAGAGGCUGCCCGGCUUCUUUCUGGGCAGCUAUGAACAUUUUGCGCGUAUGUGCGAGAAGGAGGCCAAGGUUGGCUGCAUUAUCAUCGUUAGUGAUGAGCACGAUGACGUUGCUGAGUUCAAGAGCCUUUGGGUGGUUAGGAGCACACUGACAGAUCCUACCUUUGUGAAGCUGAUCCAAGAAAACGAUAUGCUGGUCUGGGGCGGUGACAUCAGAGACAAGGAUGCAUGGAGUGCUGCACAGAAGCUCCAAACGACAACGUAUCCUUUCGUAGCUUUCAUCGCCCUGCAGCCUCGACGGAGCGCUGCUUCUGGCACGUCUUCCACGCCGACGCUCACCAUUCUCUCUCGACACCAGGGUCCCUCCAUUCCCUCUACAACUGCGCCUACGGCCGCUCAGACUCUGGUCACACAUUUGAACGAGCAGAUCUUCCCUCGCGUCAAGCCAUUCCUCGCGCGCAUCCAUGCACAGACCGCCGAGCGUGAGCGUGAGCGAGCGCUCCGUGCGGAGCAGGACCGCGCAUUCGAGGAAAGCCGAAGGCGUGACAAGGAGCGCGUCGAGCGCCGCAUGAAGGAGGAGCGUGAGGCGGAGGAAGAGCGCCUGCGUCAUGCGCAAGCUGAGGAGCGUGCGAAGCAGGACGCGCAUCGGUUAGAGGAAGUACGCAAGGACUGGGAGGCGCGCAGGAUGGUAUGGCGUCGGUACGAGAGGAAGGCGCUCGUCAUGCGCGAACCCAGGCCGGGUGGCGAGGCAGGGCGGGGCAGGACGAUGCGGGUCGGUCUGCGGAUGCCUGAUGGCCGGCGCAUAGUGCGUUUCUUUGGGGAGGCGGACUCGAUGACGGCGCUCUACGCAUAUGUCGACUCGCAGUUCAUUCCGGCCGAACUCUCGCAGGCCAGCGACCCGAAGGAACCGCCGAGCGGACUCGCACCGGGGGAAGAGGGCCUGGCGGAGGAAAUUGCGGCGUCUGAUCGGUCGCCGUCGCAAUGGUGGGGCUUCCAGCUCAUGCUGGCGUAUCCGCGGAAGGAGAUCUCUUGGGAGCCGGCGCGCAAGCUUGGGGAUAUUGAGGCGCUAAAGAACGGAGGCGGCCAGCUUGUGGUCGAGAUGGUCGCGAAUGCUAGUGCUGCGAAGGGUAAGCAGAAACAGACCGAGGUUGAUGAUGAGGAUGGGUAUGAGACCGAAGAGGACUAGGCGAGUAUGGCAAACGGACAGUGGAGUUCUAUGGUUAUAUAUUGGAUUGGAUGUGUCCUAGAACGGAUAGUAU